GAGUUACAAGAUUUUUGGAUACAACACACACACGGCGGAAGAGGAAGAGGCGGAGGAGGAGGCGGCGGCGAGCGACGCGGAGGCCGCGAGGGACGACGAGGAGAGAGACGCUGAGAGACGAGGUGGGGGGAGAGAGACGAUGUCGCCACGGAGGUGUGCCAAGAAGAUGGUGCCGAUUCUCCAGUGCGAGUGGGGCACCUGUGCAUUUGUCUCCUCCAGCAUUGAGGUGUUCAGCAGCCAUGUGGGCUCCCACCUGCGUGCCCACCUAUCCCAGAUUUCCACAGGCGAGGUGACCUGCCUGUGGAGGGAAUGCGGCUUCACAGCAUACGAGGGUCCGCCCGAGUUAGAACGUCACAUCUACUUCCACGCCUUCCACACCAAACUCAAGCAGCUGGGCCUGUUCGUCCUCGAUUCGUGCAAGGCAGCCAUCCCCACGCCAGACCCUGCUGCUGACGCUUCGUUGCCGCAACUGCAGGCGGAGGCAGCGCCGCUGCCUGGCGGCGCGUGCGACCAGGGCGCGGUGAUGCGGAGCGUGCCGAGUUGCGGCCUCGACAGCCACACGCGCAACCUCGUGCCCGAGCUGCCCGACAGCUUCAAGUGCCAGUGGGAUGGCUGCGAAAGUAAAUUCUCUCACCCCGAGUGGUUUUACCGGCACGUGGAUUCCCACACGGAGAAGUUCAAGCAGCCCGGCGCGGUCAACACUGACGGAGGUUCCAUCACCUGCCUUUGGAAAGAAUGCGAGGCCACGUGCCGCAUGCGCUUCCGCCUGUGCGAGCACUUGCGCUCGCAUACGCAGGAGAGGGUGGUUGCAUGUCCCACCUGCGGAGGCAUGUUCUCCAACAACACCAAGCUCAUCGACCACGUCACACGACACCAGACCGACCAGGUGGCAGUAUUUCAGUGUUCCCACUGCUCCAAGAACUUCACGAGUGAACGGAUCUUGAGAGACCACAUGCGACACCACAUCAACCACUACAAGUGUCCUUUCUGCGACAUGACAUGCCCGGCCCCAUCUUCGCUGCGCCAUCACAUCCGGUACCGGCAUGAGCUGGAGAAACCCUUCCCCUGCUCGCUGUGCCAGCAUGGAUGUAAGAACCAGGCGGACCUGCGUCGCCACAUGGAGACGCACUCCACUGGGAAGCCCCACGGCUGCGAUGCGCCGGGGUGCGACUUCACCGCGCGCACGGUCAACACCGUGCGGCAGCACUACCGGCGCGUGCAUCAGGGCGCCGCGGCCGCGUGCUACAAAUGCCACUGCUGCGAGAAGGCCUUCUCGCGUGGCAGCACCCUCACCAGGCACCUGCGCGUGGCUCACCGCUUCCGCUGGCCGCCGGGAUACCCACGCUUCCGGUACCAGGAGCACGAGGACGGGUACCGGCGCGUGCAGCUUGUGCGCUACGAGACCGUGGAGCUUGCGGAGCAGCUCAUCAAGGACUGCGAAGAAGAGCAGCACCAGCAGCACAUGCAGCAGCUGGAACUGGAACAGCAGCAGCAGGAGCAGGAGACAGAGGAGAUGGAACUGCAGCUGGAACUACAGCUGGAAGAGCAGCAGCAGGAGACGCUGCAGCAGACAGAAUAACACUUGCAUUCACAGGAGACUCAGAUGCUGUCAUAUGCAGAGGACCUAAACCUGCAUUGAAUUGACCAAUAGUCAACAUUUUAACAUGGAAUUUUAUUAAGCCCUAUAAGAAUGAAUUACUUUUAUUGACAUGGCUGGUGUCUUACGAGAGACGAAAGAGCAAGUGUGGGCCAAUUUGCGGUCCCAGAUUAAGAACCAAAUAGACCAAUUUUACUGCACGUUAACACUUAGUAAUGCAGUCUCGUUACAACGUAUUUCACAAAUAGCUUUUUUAUGCAAUGCUUUGUGCUGUGAUUUAAACCCAUAAUAAAAGUGUCACCUUUUGUA